AUGGUGGUGACAGAGUAUGCAGCUAGGUUUAAGAACCUAGUCAAGUAUUUUCCUCAUUAUCAAGGGGAAGCUAGGGAGAUGACCAAAUGUGUGAAGUUUAUCAAUGGCCUGGGACUAGAAGUGAAGAUGAUGGUGAACUGCCAUGAUAUCCAUAACUUUGCACAACUGAACAACAUGUGCAGAGUGUUUGACGAGUAUCAGCGGGAGAAGGACGCAUUCUAUAGGAAUGCUAAUGCCGGUCAUAGGAAAGAGAAGAAUCAUAGAACCGAUGGAUUCCAACCCACCAGUAGAGGAUUUCAACUAGGUGGUGGGAGUUCUCAUCCAGCUAGCAGGGUGCCUCAGCCUAUUCAUAGAGGUUGUGGGGGUGGUGCUUCGACUAGAGUUGCUACUCCAUCUCGAUGUGCUAAGUGUGGUAAGGUUGGUCAUUUUGCUCGUGAGUACCCAAAUAGUGACGUGACUUGUUUCAACUACCGAGGUAAGGGCCAUAUCAGUACUAGCUGCCCACAUCCCAGGAGGGAAAAGAGUAGUAGGAGUCUUAAUAACCAAAGUGGACGACCGAGGACAAUGAGGAGAAUGUUUGCUCUUAGUGGUGUUGAUGUCGCACAGUUCGAUGAUCUCAUCCAAGGUGAUAUAUUUUUGUCUGCUAACCAGGUUGAAGCAUCUUUGAGAGAGGAUGCACAUGUAUACAUGAUCUUAGCUAGUAUGAGUGCUGAGACCAAAACCCUAUGA